AUUUAUUCGAAUAGAAUGUGUGUCUUUGCUUAUUUAAACAUCAAACUUCUUUUGCUGUCUCUUCCAGAUAUUGAACAUUUAAUAUCCAGCUCGAUCCUUUUGAGCGCCGAAGCAAAUCCGAAGAAAUUAACACCCCAGUUACCUGCAGGUGUUUUACCGAAUACCGACCAGUGCUGGCACAUCAAAGCAAGUUCGGCACCUGUCAUUAACUUAAAGAUUCAAAUCCUGGAAUUCAAGGCAGGAACAUCUGGUUACAUGUUCAUAAGCUUUGGCAAUAUCUCGGACAUUGUUGCGAAUUUCACUUCUUUGGACAUGACCACAUUGCUAAUUUCUAAUUCUAAAGACGUACAUGUAUGUCUGCAUACUAACACCGGCGAACAACAAGGAGAUUUCGUCCUUUACUACAGCGAAGGCUGUGAUAUCCAACUGGAAUCAAAUCUUGUAAGUAUCAGUUCUCCUGGAUACAACUGGAUAGAACCUAACAACAGUGUCACUGCCAAAAACGUCAGGUGUAAAUGGACGGUUCCAGAAUACAAAGUCUACAACAGGAGGUUUGGGUUAAUAAUUCAAGACGUUUACCGUGUAAACAACGAGACUUUAGUGGUCACCUAUGAAGACAAAAGUGCAAGCGCAAUCGGUGAUAACGUAUCUAUAAUACUAUCAGGAAAUUCAGUGGUUGACAUACAAUUCAAAUCGCUAGCUUCAGGAACAAAUGAAAGAUUUUCAGCUUUAGUCGCUGCGGAUUGCCCAUCCCUAGAAAACACAGUGUUUACAAGACUCCCAGGAGACAGUACAGAUAAGAAAUUUACCGAAUUUGGAAGCACGGUGCAAGCGACUUGUAAGCCUGGCUAUUCAUUCAACCAAACUAAUGCACAAAAUACUCAAAUGAUAAUCACAUGCCUAAUAGGCGGAUAUUGGAAUGUUAGUCAACAUUGCCAAAGAGUUAUAUGCGGUGAUGCUCCAGUUGUUGCGAAUGGAUUUGUGGCAAGUUCAUCAGGCGUGAAAUAUGGCUCCAUGGCCUAUUACAAGUGUGUAAAUGGAUUUCUAAUAAAUGGGCUAACUAUAGCUCUGUGCCAGACAAAUGGUCAGUGGAGUAAAGCCCCAACCUGCAGCAAGGCGACCUGCCCAGCAAUUCCAAACACCCCUCACCUGACCAUCGAUGCCAGCGAUGCCAAUAGAUAUAACUCAGUCGUAAAUUUUUCUUGCGCUAGUGGUUACACGGUUGAUGGUUCCAUAAAGAUUUUUUGCGGAAUGGACGGGAAAUGGUCGAAACCCAUCCCUACAUGUAAAGAAAUCAAAUGUGUCGUUCCUAUUACUUCGUACUUUAAUACCCCUGAUAAAGUCGUCCCGUAUCAGAGUGUCAUAGUUUUCAAAUGUCCAAAGGGUUUUGUGAUUGAAAACUUGAAUAAGAGUACCACAGGUGUCAUAUGCAAUGAAAGGGGUACCUUUGGUUCCCCUCCAAAGUGUGAAGAUUACAAUGAAUGUCAAGCGAACCCUUGCAAACAGAACGAAGUUUGUUCUAAUACUGAGGGAAGCCACAGGUGUGACUGUCGGAAAGGUUUUCAUAGAGUGAACGGCGUUUGUACAGAUAUAGAUGAAUGCAGCACAGGUAUGCAUCUUUGUGAACAAAUCUGCAAGAAUACACAGGGCAGUUAUCAAUGUGAAUGCCAGGAAGGCUAUACGAAACACUCAGUGGAUAUAACAGAGUUUAUCAAUAAUACACAUAUUAUUAACCAGAUGGCAGUCUAUUGUAAAAAAAUUAGAUGCCCAACUCCUAUGAUUCCUAAUACAGGAAACAAUAUAAUAUCGCCGCGGCAGCAUUACUUUUACAAUGAUAAAGUAAAAUACAGUUGUAAUUUUGGUUAUGUAGUCUCUGGAACGGACACUAUUAUUUGUACAUCUUCCGGUACUUGGAGCUACAGGCCAGCAUGCACACGUAUGUAA